AACCUAUUGGAAUUCUCACAAAACCUCUACCUUCCCCCUCUGACAAGCGUCAAUAUCUUUCUUAUUCCUAUCCUCAUCCUUCUUCAACUCGUUAUUAUAUUUUUCAAACAAACAAUCAGCGUCUUUUACUGCACAGCAAAUCGGCCAUCCCGAUCUAUCAUCUCUCUCUCUGUGCUGCAAUUUAUCCCCUACACCACCAAUACCUUUCACGACAGAUGGCGCUACUUCGCUCAGAAUCAAACACAUACCUCAACGACCUUGAUUAUCACUCCAGCAGUCCUUCAAACAAGCCUUUGAACCUAACCGCAAAUACUCCUUUUGAAUCUUACGAGUUCGGUCAUCUAUCUCCUCCAUUCCCCCAUACUCCCUCAUACAAUGGAUCCUAUCAGAACUCUCCUUACUCUGGUCAUUCAGAGCUCAGCUAUGAUCCAGACGGUCCAGAGGCUUUUGGUCUCUUCGAACCAGAUGCAAACAAUGUAGUUUCUCGCGACGAAUAUGACCCCUCCGAGUACGAUCCACCAAACUCUUCCGGUUUGCUCAUGUUUCAAGGAGAAUACAUCCCUGACGUUGAUCACAACUCGCUUUCCGUCACUCGUGCUCCUUUCGAUAACCGUCCUCCAAAUGCUUUCGAUCAUAGUUCUCCAUCUAGCAACGGAGCAGGAGAUGAGCCGCGCAGUCGUGCUUCUUCAGUAUCUUCAAACCCACAAAUUCCCACGUCAUCCCCACGUCUUGAUAUGGCUCAUUCAUUCGAAAAUCUUCGUUUUGAAUCGCCCCAUUGGCAGUCCCAUAAUCUUCCCGGAGAUCGAUCCAUGUCUCCUCCAAGAAAACCCCAGUCUCCACCUCAACUUUUGAUUCCUGAUAGCAGUCCAGCCGCCCGUUCAUUGUUUCCACAGGAACCCCCAAUGAUAAACGCCCCAGACGGCGAUGGUGGUUUUACAUCCAGUGGUCCACAACUGCACAUUGUUCCUGCUACACCCAUAAGUGGCGGUGGAGCGGCUUCACAAGCGGUCCCUUUUCAAUCUACCCUGAAAACUCUCCAUCAAGGUUUGCGUCUUACGUCCGAACAGGAUCAACGCAAAAUGCGCCACAGCAACAGGCUGCGACCCCCCCUUGGGAUCAGCAACAAAUUCAGCAUACCGAAGGAUCUCAAUUACUCGGGGUGUCACAACAGGGUGCACAGCAAUUCUCGCACAGCCACUCUUCUCAUACACAGGGGCUGUCCGGUCUCGGUCACCAUCCUGAUCCUACAAAUACCAGCUUCUUGUUCCCGGGUACCAACCCCCGCAUUCGUAGUAAAUCCGAUACUUCAUCUUCUUUACGUCCAACUUUCUGGGACUCUUCUCUCAUGACCCACGAACAACUCAGAGCCAUCAAUAGUUCUGCUAUCGACGACAACGGCACCGUCAACCUCAGUGACGUCCUUCCGCAGCACCAACAAUCGCAGCAUC